AUGGAUAGAAAAAGGCUUAGAAAUACUAGGCACCGUAGUGAAAAUGUAAGGAACUCCCUUCUCGAUAAAAGAGCAACAAGCUUAUUUAAGAAAGCAAAAGAAUUUUCUAUUUUAUGUGAUGUAGAUGUUGCUAUAAUUAUUUUUAGCACAGGAGAAAUCCAACCCAUUGUUUGGAAAUCUACAAAUUUGGCUAAGGAGGUAUUAGUGAGGUAUUCAAAGUUUCCUGAGGAGGAAAGAAUUAAAAAGUUAAUGAAACAUGAAACAUAUCUUUCAAACAAAGUGAAAGAGAAACAAGAAAAAAAGAAAAAAAUGAAUGAGGAGAAGGAAAUGGAAAUCCUCUUCAAUCAACUUGUAAUGGGAAAGAGUAUCGUUGAACUUACUGCUAGAGAAAUUCAAGGUCUAUUAAAGUUUUCAAAUACUUAUAAGAUAGCUAAACUUCAUGGGAUAAAGGAAAAAGUCAAUCAACAACCUCAGUCUUCUCAACCUCAAAAUUCUCCCUCAAACUUCAAGAUCACAAACGAAAAUGUUACACAAUUACCAAAUUCAAUGAAUGAUUUAAUCAAUGACAUGUGGUUUGUUGAGACUAUGGCUAAUAAUGACAAUUCUUUUGGCUUAGGGAAUGGAAACAAUAUCGAGUUUGCACCAACUAAAGACGAUGACAUCAGUGGUGGAGAUAAUGGACAUUCCAAGGACCUCGAUUGA